GGGAGACCAGAUAUAGUGAAAGCAGGGUCCGGGGAGACCGGAUAUAGUGAAUGCAGGGUCCGGGGAGAGUGGAUAUAGUGAAUGCAGGGUCCGGGGAGACCGAAUAUAGUGAAUGCAGGGUCUGCGGAGAGCGGAUAUAGUGAAUGCAGGGUCCGCGGAGAGCGGAUAUAGUGAAUGCAGGGUCCGGGGAGACCGGAUAUAGUGAAUGCGGGGUCCGGGGAGAGCAGAUAUAGUGAAUGCAGGGGUCCGGGGAGACCAGAUAUAGUGAAUGCAGGGUCCAGGGAGACAAGAUACAGUGAAUGCAGGGUCCGGGGAGACCAGAUAUAGUGAAUACAGGGUCUGGGGAGACCAGAUAUAGUGAAUGCAGG